AUGACUAAAGACGCAUCUUUUGAUCGAUUUAUCGAGCUUCCUCACGAUGUUCUUUCCUCUAUCCUUGCUGAGCUUCAUGUCCUUGAUCUCUAUCAAUGUAUCCUUACAUGUCACUCAUGGUACAACACUAUCCUGAUGAUUUCAGGAACCAUAUCCGGAGAACAAUGCGAGGCUGUUGUUUAUUGCAAGCCAUAUUAUGAUUCCUGGUACUUGGGCGAAUUGGGCCUUUAUAGCUUGUUUUCUCGACCACCGCCAGUGGUUGUCAUUGGGCCACGUUGUUCACAGCAAGAUCAAGUGUUUCAUCACCUAUCAUUGAUAUCCAGAAAGGCUCCUGAUUUGAAAGCACUAGGUUUGUGA